AUGCCCCAUUUUCUGGUUGGCACAUUGGGGUUGAUGGGAUCAUCACCCCGCCCCAUUCUCCCGCUUUCCAUCACCCCGCCCCAUUCUCCCGCUUUCCAUCACCCCGCCCUAUUCUCCCGCUUUCCAUCACCCCGCCCCAUUCUCCCGCUUUCCAUCACCCCGCUCCAUUCUCACGCUUUCCAUCACCCCGCCCUUUUCUCCCGGAUUCCAACAUCCCGCCCCAUUCUCCUGCUUUCCAUCACCCCGCCCCAUUCUCUCGCUUUCCAUCACCCCGCCCCAUUCUCCCGUUUUCCAUCACCCCGCCCCAUUCUCCCGCUUUCCAUCACCCCGCCCCAUUCUCCCGCUUUCCAUCACCCCGCCCUAUUCUCCCGCUUUCCAUCACCCCGCCCCAUACUCCUGCUUUCCAUCACCCGCCUCAUUCUCUCGCUUUCCAUCACCCCGCCCCAUUCUCUCGCUUUCCAUCACCCCGCCCCAUUCUCCCGCUUUCCAUCAUCCCGCCCCAUUCUCCCUCUUUCCAUCACCCCGCCUUGUUCUCCCGCUUUCCAUCACCCCGCCCCAUUCUUCCUCUUUCCAUCACUCUGCGCUGUUCUCCCGCUUUCCAUCACCCCGCCCCAUUCUCCCGCUUUCCAUCACCCCGCCUCAUUCUCCCGCUUUCCAUCACCCCACCCCAUUCUUCAACUUUCAUCAACCCGCCCCAUUCUCCCUCUUUCCAUCACCCCACCCCAUUCUUCAACUUUCUAUCACCCCGCCCCAUUCUCCCUCUUUCCAUCACCCCGCCCCAUUCUUCAACUUUCUAUCAUCUCGCCCCAUUCUCCCGCUUUCCAUCACCCCGCCCCAUUUUCCUGCUUUCCAUCACCCCGCCCAUUCUCCCGCUUUCCAGCACCCCGCCCUAUUCUCCCUCUUUCCAUCACCCCGCCCCAUUCUCCUGCUUUCCAUCACCCCGCCCCAUUCUCUCGCUUUCCAUCACCCCGCCUCAUUCUCCCGAUUUCCAUCACUCUGCCCCGUUCUCCCGCUUUCCAUCACCCCGCCCCAUUCUCCCGCUUUCCAUCACCCGCCCUGUUCUCCCACUUUCCAUCACCCCCCCCCCCAUUCUCCCUCUUUCCAUCACCCUGCCCCAUUCUCCCUCUUUCCAUCACCCCGCCCCAUUCGCCCUCUUUUUAUCACCCCGCCCCAUUCUUCAACUUUCCAUCACCCCGCCCCAUUCUUCAACUUUCCAUCACCCCACCCUAUUCUCCCGAUUUCCAUCACCCCGCCCCAUUCUCCUGCUUUCCAUCACCCCUCCCCAUUCUCCCGCUUUCCAUCACCCCUCCCCAUUCUCCCGCUUUCCAUCACCCCGCCCCAUUCUUCCGCUUUCCAUCACCCCGCCCCGUUCUCCCUCUUUCCAUCACCCCGCCCCAUUCUCCAACUUUCCAUCACCCCGCCCCGUUCUCCCUCUUUCCAUCACCCCGCCCCGUUCUCCCGCUUUCCAUCACCCCGCCCCAUUCUCCCUCUUUCCAUCACCCCCCCCAUUCGCCCUCUUUUUAUUACCCCGCCCCAUUCUUCAACUCUCCAUCACCUCGCCCCAUUCUUGAACUUUCCAUCACCCCGCCCCAUCUCCUGCGUUCCAUCACCCCUCCCCAUUCUCCCGCUUUCCAUCACCCCUCCCCAUUCUCCCGCUUUCCAUCACCCCGCCCCAUUCUUCCGCUUUCCAUCACCCCGCCCCGUUUCUCCUCUUUCCAUCACCCCGCCCCAUUCUCCAACUUUCCAUCACCCCCCCGCCGUUCUCCCUCCUUCCAUCACCCCGCCCCAUUCUCCCGCUUUUCAUCACCCCGCCCCAUUCUCCCGCUUUCCAUCACCACGCCCCAUUCUCCCGCUUUCCAUCACCCCGCCUCAUUCUCCCGCUUUCCAUCACCCCGCCCCCACACUCCCUCUUUCCAUCACCCCGCCUCAUUCUCCCGCUUUCCAUCACCCCGCCCCAUUCUCCCGCUUUCCAUCACCCCGCCCCAUUCUCCCGCUUUCCAUCACACGCCCCAACUUCCAUCACCCCGCCCCAUUCUCCCUCUUUCCAUCACCCCACCCCAUUCUCCCGCUUUCCAUCACCUCGCCCCAUUCUCCCGCUUUCCAUCACCUCGCCCCUUCUCCCGCUUUCCAUCACCCCGCCCCAUUCUCCUGCUUUCCAUCACCCCCGCCCCAUUGUCUCUCUUUCCAUCACCCCGCCCCAUUCUCCCGCUUUCCAUCACCCCGCCCCAUUCUCCCGCUUUCCAUCAACCCGCCCCAUUCUCCCGCUUUCUACCACCCCACCCUAAUUUCCAGCUUUCCAUCGUCCCGCCCCUUUCUCCCACUUUCCCUCAUCCCCUCCAUUCUCCCGCUUUCCAUCACCCCGCCCAAUUCUCCCUCUUUCCAUCACCCCGCCCCAUUCUCCCACUUUCCAUCACCCCGCCCCAUUCUCCCGAUUUCCAUCACCCCGCCCCAUUCUCCCUCUUUCCAUCAACCGCCCCCAUUCUCCCGCUUUCCAUCACCCCGCCCCAUUCUCCAGCUUUCCAUCACCCCGCCCCAUUCUCCCGCUUUCCGUCACCCCACCCCAUUCUCCUGCUUUCCAUCGCCCCGCCCGUUCUCCUACUUUCCCUCACCCCGCUCCAUUCUCCCGCUUUCCAUCACCCCGCCCAAUUCUCCCGCUUUCCAUCACCCGCCCCAUUCUCCCGCUUUCCAUCACCCC